CCGACUGGGCUGUAUUUGCAUUCGCCUUUUAGCUGCGACUGUCAGUGUGCCCUGUAAAUAUGGCAGAUAUCGGCAGGGAAAGCGAGCCGGCUGAUAAAGAUGACUUACAAAUCUUGAAGGAGCUCGUAGACAAACUGUACUGGUUCCGGGACCACUAUUUCGAAACGCACGGUGUGGAAGAGGCUGGGAAGAAGCACAGUGAUGUGACCACUGAAAUGGAAAAGACACUAAAACAGCUAGAGGAGAAAGAAGAGCAGUACCGGCACAGUGCCCAGUUCCUGCUCCUGCGAGGCCGCUGCCUAACAGCAGCUUCUGGAUUUAGUGCAGCCGCCGAGGAGAGCCUCUCUCGGGCUGUGAAGCUGGAACCAGGUCUGGUGGAAGCCUGGAAUUGUCUGGGGGAACAAUACUGGAGGAAGGGGGACUUGGCAGCUGCAAAGACCUGCUUCACUGGGGCCUUGCAGCAGUGUAAGAACAAGGUGUCACUCCGCAGCCUGUCCAUGGUACUGAGGCAACUGCCAGCAGGGGAUGCACAGGAGCAGGUUCAACGGGUGCUGGAGAGUGUGGAUAUGGCACGGCAGGCAGUGCAGAUGGAUGUCACUGAUGGAACAUCUUGGUAUAUUCUGGGCAACGCCUACAUCUCCCUGUUUUUCACCAGUGGCCAGAACCCCCAAAUGUCGCAGCAGGCCCUCAGUGCUUAUGCACAGGCUGAGAAGGUGGACAGCACGGCCUCAUGUAACCCUGAUCUGCACUUCAACAGAGCCACGCUCUUCCAGUAUGAGGAGAUGUUUGGGUCGGCAUUAGCUGGUUUCAGUCGAGCGGCAGUUCUGGACCCUGCCUGGGAGGAACCUCCUGAAAGAGAAAGGCAGCUUUUGGACUACUUGGAGCGAGUCACUGCCCUCAUUGAGAACAAGGGUAAGGUGAAGGCACGCAGACUGAGGACCAUGCUAGCGUCACUCAACAUGUCAGCGCUAGGGCCCUGCUCCUCUCCGCAGUACCGCUCCCCAACAGGCCGUAUCGGCAGCCUGGAGCCCAGGAGUCUGUCAGCCCUCUCUCAUGGCCACAAUGCUGGGGUGGCUGCGCUGGGAAAGGUGGUCUUCAGCCUGGCCUCUGAGGGCCGCAUGGCCUUUACGUUCGGGAUGGUGGACAGCGAAGAGACUUGCUGUGUUGUCAUGGUCUACAACACUGCAGACAGCUGGGGGACACUGAUUGGUGAUUCAGUGGUCGUCCCUGAGCCCCAGGUCAAACGGCACAGUGUCAGCCACAAAGACCAGUCUUUUGAUUUUCGCAGUAUACGUGUGGAUUCACCACUGCUGCUCAUCGUCAAUGGCAAGGUACAGGCAGCAAAGAGCCAAACGGCUGCCUCUGUCAGCUACCGGCCGCAGAGCGAGUAAGGACUGGGGAGGAGUGAAAGACACACUUCGGCGAGCAGCUGCCUGGUAUGAGAGAUACAGAGACCACGCUAGACUGGGGCAGAGUGG